UUUUAAUUGACUCUAUUUUUCUUAUAAAAAAAUAAAAUAUAUACGUGAAUAGUCUAAAAGUCAAAUCAUUGUAAAUAAUUUAAAACGAAUGAAGUAUAUUUCAUUUUUUUCCAUAAAAUGAUAGGAGAACUAUGACUUUGUCAACCAUAUGUUCAAUGACUUCAUUGUUUAUGUUUCCAAUACUUGGUUCAUGCACUCAAAUAGUCAAAUGCAUAGUUUGUCCGUUGUGCUCUGCACCAAUUUGAAAAAAAAAAAUUAGCCCAAUUAACAUCACGUGUUUCACUAACAAUAAAAAUACGAGCGAAAGCAAAAUACAAAAAAAAAAAAAAAAAAAAAAAAAAAAAAAACACUUUGGGAGUUCAAACCUACGUACAUAUCUAACCACUUGAGUUAUUCCUCGCUCUAUUAAGAUUACGCACCUAAAAUUCAAAUCCCAAAACAUACAUGUAUUGUAGUACUUAGUUUAAACCCAAAUAUUCAGAAUUCUUACUUUUCCUCUGAACUCUAGUGUUUUAUGCUCGAAAAAUUGUUGUUUUAAUUGCUAAUUCCAGUUCUGUGCUCCCAAAUUUCCAUGGACAGUGUCCUUCUUCAACCUCAUCAAGGGCUAUUUCUCCCACAAAAUUUGAUGAACCCAUUUUCUCUCUCCUCAAAACUUAAGCUUAAACCCAGAACCCUCUUCUCCAAAUCUCUUCCAUUCCGCAUUUUCUGUACUACUUCCCAGAAUUUAGAGAACCCCAUUACAGAAAUUCCUCCCAACGGUAAAGCCAGUGCUAAUUCAAAAUUUAACUUGCAAAAUCUUAAACAAAAUUGGUUGUCUUCUCUUUCAAAUAAUGAACAAAUUGAUGGAAAUGGUGGGUUUGAUUGGAUUAUUGGUAUCGACCCAGAUGUUUCUGGUGCUUUAGCCCUUUUAAAAUACGAUAAUUCUGUCUGUAUUUCUGCUCAGGUUUUUGAUGCCCCAUUUGUGCAAAUAUCAGUUGGGAAAACACGCCGUAAAAGAUUAGAUGCGAAGUCUAUUGUUCAGUUGUUGCAGAGUUUUGAUGCUCCAAAAGGUACCACUGCAUAUCUGGAGCAAUCUAUACCAUUUCCUCGAGAUGGAAAACUGGGUUGGUGGAGUGGAGGAUUUGGCUAUGGGUUAUGGAUCGGAGUAUUGGUUGCUUCUGGGUUUUCUGUUGUUCCUGUGCCGUCUAGUUCAUGGAAAAGGGAAUUUGAACUUGCUCGAAGCACCUCAAGUAAGGAUGAUAGCAGGGAGCUUGCAGCACGUAUGUUCCCUGAUUUAACCUCUAUGCUGAAAAGGAAGAAGGACCACGGUCGAGCUGAGGCUCUACUCAUUGCUGCCUAUGGAAAAGGUUAUAAGACAAAGGCAGAUGAAUUGUGCAUGUCAGAUGACACUCCUGAAGUAUUGACCAAGCUGUGAAGCUGCAAUACAGAAACAGCAGUGAUAAAUGGGAAUGCAUCAUGCAUGGAUCACACUAAAAUGCUUUCUUUGACAUCAAGAGUGCAGAUAAUUGUUUCGUUGGGGCAAUUUUGAAGUCUGUGAGCAUCUGCCUCGUUAUAUUUGCUACAGCUGCGCCUGGCAUAUUAGAAUGAUUAUUCAUUAGUGAAAUUCCUUCUAGCUUUGUAAAUACAACUGAUUAGAUGUAAGCAUUGUAAUUGUUGUCAUAUUCCUGGUAAGUUCUUAUUGACCUUUAUUUGGGCUGAUCAAAA